AUGAAGCGAGCAAUUCUUCAAGACUUACAGUGUCUGCUUCAUGAACAUCAUGCGUUGGUCUGGUUGUUUAAGAGUGCUUUAGAGCUCAUGCCAAGCGAUGACUAUAAAGUUGUCAUCAGAGCAGAUAAACGACCAUCUGGAACACACGAAAGGACAUUUAAUGCUCCAAUAGUAGACGAAGUUGCCAUCCUGAUUGUUGGUGAACAAUUGGAAAAACGCGAUAUUGUGCUUUCACGUCGCGACACUGGGCAACUGCAACAAAAAUCUGAAACACAUCGAUCAUAUGACUCAUUGCAAUACCCGCUGAUGUUUUGGCAAGGAGAAGAUGGAUAUUAUUUUAAUAUUAAAAUGAAAAAUCCAUUGAAUGGCGAAGAAACUACAAAGAAUGUUAGCUCAAUGAAUUAUUACGCAUAUUGUUUGAUGAUUCGUCAUAAUGCUGACAACUAUUUGCUGCGGUUUCGUCGAUUGUUUCAGCAAUAUUGCGUUGACAUGUAUGUAAAAAUAGAAACGGAACGUUUAAAUUUCAUUAGGUUCAACCAAGCCAAACUGCGUUCUGAGGAGUACAUCCAUUUACGUGAUGCAGUUAGUACUGAAGGAAAUGCAGCUAAUAUUGGCCGAUUAACUAUUCUGCCGGCGACAUACAUUGGUAGCCCACGACAUAUGCAUGAAUAUGCACAAGAUGCAAUGACAUAUGUUCGUCAUUACGGUCGACCAGAUCUUUUCAUAACUUUUACCUGCAACCCAAAAUGGAUAGAAAUUACUGAAUUGCUGCUUCCCGGACAAACAUCAAGUGAUAGGCACGACAUUACAGCACGUAUAUUCAGGCAAAAAAUUCGGUCCCUGAUGAACUUUAUUGUUAAAGAGCGCGUCUUUGGAGAAACUCGAUGCUUGAUGUAUUCAAUCGAAUGGCAAAAGCGAGGCUUGCCACACGCACACAUUCUUAUUUGGUUAGUGGAAAGAAUUCAGCCUGACCAAAUAGAUGAUAUCAUAUGUGCCGAGAUUCCUGAUUAUGAAGUCGAUCCAGACCUACAUGAUGUUGUUACUUCUAAUAUGAUUCAUGGACCGUGUGGUGCCAUCAAUCCCCAAUCACCUUGCAUGGUCGAUGGAAAGUGCUCUAAACGAUAUCCACGGAAAUUAACAGCGGAGACUGUCACUGGCAAUGAUGGUUAUCCGCUGUAUCGUCGUCGAUCACCAGAUGACAACGGUCAAACUGUCACAACGAAAGUGAAAAGAAUGGAUUUCGUUGUUGACAACAGUUGGAUUGUUCCAUAUUCGCCACUCAUUUCUAAAAUGUUCAAGACGCAUUGCAACAUUGAAUACUGUAAUUCAGUUAAGUCCAUCAAAUAUAUUUGCAAAUAUGUCACGAAAGGCAGUGAUAUGGCUGUUUUUGGAUUGCAAUCCUCGAAUGACAACGAUGAAAUUUCACGCUAUCAAGUUGGUCGUUAUGUGAACUGUAAUGAAGCGAUUUGGCGUAUAUUCGCAUUUCCCAUUCACGAACGUCAUCCUACUGUUAUGCAUUUGGCGGUGCAUCUGGAGAAUGGUCAACGAGUAUAUUUUACGGCUUCAAAUGCUAUGCAACGUGCUGAAACACCUCCAGCAACUACAUUAACCAGUUUUUUUGCAAUUUGUCAAAGAGAUCAGUUUGCACAAACUUUGCUUUACUCGGAGAUGCCACGUUAUUAUACUUGGAAUGCUUUAUCGAAGAAUUUUCAAAGACGGAAGAAAGGCAAUGCGGUUCCUGGGUAUCCAGAUGUGCGUUCUACUGAAGCUCUUGGUCGAAUGUAUACAGUUCAUCCAAAGAAUAUUGAAUGUUUUUAUUUGCGGCUGUUGCUGGUAAAUGUGCGUGGGCCAACGUCAUUUGAGUCACUACGAACUGUUAAUCAUGUAAUAUUUCCAACAUAUCGUGCUGCAUGUGAGGAAUUGAAAUUAUUAGAAAACGAUAGUCAUUGGGAUACGACAAUCGCUGAAGCCAUUAUCUCUGCAUCUCCAAGCCAGAUACGCACAUUAUUCGCUAUAAUUAUUUCGACAUGUUUUCCAUCAAAUCCAUGUAACCUGUGGCACAAAUACAAGGACAAUAUGUCAGAAGAUAUUUUACAUCAAAUUCGUGUUAGUUCUAGAAAUUUCGAUAUUGAGAUGAAUGAGGAAGUACACAAUCGUGCUUUACUCUUGAUCGAAGAUAUCUGUUACCUCAUGUGCGGUAAUUUAUUAAUCAGGUUAGGCAUGCCAGCACCAUGUCGUGAAAUGAAUGACACAUUUAAUCGAGAAUUGGAACGGGAACGUGAAUAUGACCACCAGGAAUUAGAUUUAGUAGUUCAAACAAAUGUUCCCCUGUUGAAUUGCCAACAAAAGGAAGUUUAUGAUACUUUAAUGAAGGCAAUCGAUGAUGAAAAUGGUGGUUUAUAUUUUCUAGAUGCUCCUGGUGGAACUGGCAAGACAUUCCUCAUGUCAUUAGUUUUAGCAAGUGUUCGGGCGAGAUCAAACAUAGCGGUUGCAGUUGCUUCUUCUGGAAUAGCAGCCACAUUGUUAGAAGGAUGCCGUACGGCUCAUUCUGCAUUCAAAUUACCGUUAAAUCUUCAAACUAUUGAAGAACCAACGUGUAAUAUUGCAAAACACUCAGCAAUGGCCAAAGUUUUAGCGGUAUCGAAAAUCAUCAUCUGGGACGAAUGCACAAUGGCGCAUAAACGUGCAUUAGAAGCACUUAACCGAACAUUAAAAGAUUUACGCAAUGACUCAAGAUGUUUCGGAGGAGCAAUGAUUUUACUGUCUGGCGAUUUCCGCCAAAUACUGCCAGUAAUUCCAAGAUCUACAGCUGCCGACGAAAUAAACGCUUGCCUCAAAUCGUCAAAUCUAUGGCGCUAUGUGAAGAAACUGCAACUGACAACAAACAUGAGAGUUACAUUGCUUAAUGAUACAUCUGCUGAAGUUUUCUCGAAGCAAUUGCUGAGUAUCGGUAAUGGUCAAGUACCUGUCGAUGAAUCGAGCGGAUUAAUAUCAUUUCCAAACAAUUUUUGUAAUUUUGUCUCAUCAAAAGACGAACUUAUCAACAAUGUAUUUCCAGAAAUUGUUUCUAAUAGCAAAAAUAAUGAAUGGUUGAGUGAGCGGGCAAUUUUAGCAGCAAAGAAUAAAGAUGUAGAUGACCUAAACCACAUAAUUCAAAAUAAAAUAAUUGGAACAAUGCUUUCAUUCAAAUCUAUUGAUUGCGUCACAAAUGAAGAUGAAGCCACCAACUAUCCAAUUGAAUUUUUAAAUUCUUUGGACGUGCCUGGCUUACCACCGCACAAUUUACUCCUAAAGGUUGGCUCCGUAGUAAUAAUGCUUAGGAACAUAAACCAACCAAAACUGUGCAACGGUACGCGUUUGGUGGUUACAAAAUUGAUGAACAAUGUAAUUUACGCUACCAUAAUGAUAGGAAAAUUUAAAGGUGAGGAAGUUCUCAUUCCGAGAAUACCGAUGAUCCCAACCGAUCUGCCGUUUGAAUUCAAAAGAAUUCAAUUUCCAAUACGUCUCGCAUUUGCCAUGACCAUCAACAAAUCACAAGGGCAAUCCUUAAAAGUUUGUGGUUUGAAUUUGGAACAUUCAUGUUUUUCCCAUGGUCAACUAUAUGUGGCAUGUUCACGGGUCGGAAAACCAUCUGCGUUGUUUGUUUUUGCGCCUGAUAACAAAACAAAAAAUGUUGUGUAUAAGAAGGUACUUCAAUGA